CUGGUAAUCCGGCACACCGUGGUCCUCAGCUGUUCGUUCUUGACGGUGCCGACAACUCGUAGAAAUGGCAGCAAUUCUCGGUAUGCUCCGAGUGCUCACGACCGUUGCUGCUCUUUUUGUGGGUCUGUCACCGCUUCCGGACUUUUAUCGUAUCCACAAGACUAAGACAACGGGUGAGGUGUCGAUUCUACCGAUCACUCUGCUAUUCUGCAACAGCUUCAUGUGGGCCAUCUACGCUUGCUGGACCAACAACAUUUUCCCCGUCUUGGUUUGCAACCUGUACGGCAUGACCACGUCCGUCGUCUUCAGCUCCAUUUACUACCGUUGGAGCACUGAUCGCGCUUCCAUUCACAAGAUCUGGAGCCGUGCGGCAUGUGUUUUGGCAGCGGGUACGUUCUACCUGGUCCUCGGGAGCUCUGGAGUCACCAGCCAGACACACGACCAGGUGGCCUCAUCUUUCGGCUUCAUCGCUGUGAGCAUCAACAUCGCGUUGUAUGCGUCACCACUAGCGGGAAUGAAAAAGGUGAUCGAGACCAAGGACGCGUCUUCGUUGCCAAUCACCAUCAGUGCCGUCUUCCUGGGGAAUGCAGCGCUGUGGGUGAUCUACGCUCUCACCGUAGGUGACAUGUUCGUCAUGGUACCCAACCUGCUCGGUAUGAUCCUUUGUGCUGCUCAAGUGGCGCUCUACAUCAAGUAUCGUCCCAAAAGUGGCGAGACUACGGAUGAAGGUAUCAGCUUUACCAAGAGCAAGCUGUCAGAGGGACCUCAAGGACUUUGGGAUCACUUGGUUCGCUGGUUCGAGAACCCGCUGGGUUACGAGCUGCUUAGGGCUCCGGUCGUCCCCCUUCCAAGAUAAUUAGUGAUGAAAUUACAGGCGAGAUAGCGUAUGCAAUUUAUCUAAAAGAGGAGGGUGAAUAUGAAAACUACCAAGCAUAACAAA